AUGGCCUCGCAAUCUGCCAGAAGUGAUGUCGUUCCUGAGCAAACGAACAUCAACCUUCAAAUCGUCUCGCCAUCUGUUGGGGUAAAUCGCCCGCUACAGUUUCCGGCUACACCGGCGUCGACAACAAUCAAGGCGCUAAAGGGCCUGAUCCGCGAUGCCCUUCCUCUGCAUCCAGCCGACUCUAACCAGCGUCUCAUUUAUCGCGGCAAGGCUCUUCUACGUGAAGAUGCGACCCUGCUCGAUAUUCUGGGUGCUGAAGCCGUACGCACGACCGACCUGCAUACUAUGCAUCUAGUCCUUCGAGAUUCCGAAAUACCCCCGGCCCCAAAUCCGCUCCCGACCAUCUCCAACAACGCCUCGACUGGCAACCAGCUCCCGCGACCAGCAGCGCGUUUCUCCAGUCACCUUGGACACGGCUUGGGUGGGGUCCCGACACCCGCUGGUGCCCCGGAGGCUGCCCAACCCGGCCAGCCACAAGUGCAGCCAAGAAUGCCCUCGCCAGCGCCAAUCGGUCAGCAGCUUCCGCCGCCGGCCGCGGCUGCUUUCCAGCAGCAGCACCAACAACUCACGAGCUGGCUCAACCAGGUACAGCGGGAAGCCAUGAGCCGAGUCGUCAACCAAAACCAGAGAGGAAGAGCGCAGGUAGGCAUGCGCGGGAUCGCGGAUCCUGCGCAAGAUUCAAGCAGCCGCCGGGGCAGCCCGGCACCUACACAUACCAUAUACCGCGAAACACAUGGUCCAAAUGGCCGAACGUACCAGAUAGAGUCCGUGAUUCGUAAUUCGGCAACAACUGGCAGCCAAACCGCAGCGUACAGCGUCGCAGACAUUCAAAACAUGGUACGCAAUGCAGACUCUGGCCGAAGCUCGUCUGCCACAGGGGCGUCUAUGCGGCGCACAGCAUCUGCAGCCUCUUUGCCGCCGAGAUCUGCCCCCAGUCUUCUCAAUCUGGCAUCGGCGCCCCAGCAAGGGUCACAGACUCGACCAGGCCUCGAACUGUACCUUCUAUCUUCCCCCGAAGGUCCCCGUGCCGUCCUCAUCAACAACACCACCAUGGAACACUUCUAUACGCCGAGGAACAGCACUCCAGCACCCCUUAUCACUACGUCUCGCUCGCAAUUAACCGUCCGAGAAUGGCUUUCAACGCCACCCGACGCUCCAGGCUAUGAGGAUUCCUUUGCCGACUUUGUCGGCGAGCCGCACGAGCCUUACCGGGAACUGCCUAGGCGCCGAGCCUUUGAUCGAGCCAAUGUGCUCCAUGACCAAGCUCAAGCGCAGGCGUCCCCUCUCGCUAUACCACGGGAAGGUAGAAGGAAUCAACCCGAGGUCCAGCCUGCUCUCCAACCUCUGCAUGGGGCCAAUCCCAUGGCUGGGCUUGGCCAGGUGGCUCUGCGCCUUGCUCCCCAUAUCUGGAAUAUUGCGAGGCUUGGCUUCUUUGUCUGGCUGUUUGUUGGACCAAACUCGAGCUGGACUAGAUGGUUUGUCGUCAUUUCGGCAGCAGUUGUGACCUUUGUGGUGGGCACUGGUGCCUUGAACGGCAUGAGCGAACAUCUUUGGCGGCCUAUGAUGCGUCACCUUGAAAAUCUCUUCCCAACUCUUGACAGGCCUAAUCAACGGCAGCCAGUCCCUGUAGCACAGCCCGGGAUGGAACCAAAUCCCGCCGGUAUGGCUGCGAGACUCGUCGCAGAUCACAAUGGUAGACAGCCGUGGCUUUCCGAACAACUCCGCCGAAUAGAGAGGGCAGGACUAUUGUUCCUGGCCAGCAUUGCCCCGGGGGUGGCAGAGCGACACAUUGCCAACCUAGAAGAGUUGGCUCGACAAGAAGCGGUACGCAGGCGAGAAGCAGAAGCAGCAGCGACCGCUGUUGCUCGAGACGCGGAAAGACAAGCAACCGAGAAUGGACGAAACAAUCACGGAGCUGUCGUGGCAGAGUCUUCCCGACAGGGAGCAUCUGAUGCGGCUCUCGAGAACAACGGUGAACAAGUUCCUGCAAGGGAUCCGCUUGUGGCCUUGUAA